CUAGACUAUAUGUACCUAGUCAUAUUAUCAUUAAAGGUUGGGUACGGAAUUAUCAACUUCCAUCAUCUAAUAUUGCUCUUGAUAUAGCCAACUACCACCUAGACCCCACAAAGUCGACAACAAACCCUGAUCCAACAUGGGAACCUUUGGCCGGAACAUCUAUCAUAACAUGGCACCCAAUAUUGCACGUUGUGGGAGUCGUACCCGAGGAUGACUGGCUAGGAAAUCUCACGCACUAUCCCACAACGACAAUACUCAUAAGAACAUUCGUAAAAGAAAAUUCAGAACCUAAAACACCUUACGUUGAUUAUAAUACUGAUAGAGAAUAUACCGAUAGCGAAGAUGAUGGCACGGUUGCGCUUCUAAAAAAGCUAAAGAAAUAUGUCGUGCUUAUAUUGAUGUUUGAGAAAUAUCCUGUUGAUUCCAAGCAAGAUCGUUUUAUCAAUUUGAAAAAUCGUUCUCGAUAUGAGGAUGAAGAAGUCGAAAAUUAUUGCGAAAAAUUUGAGAGUUACAUUACUGAAACUUUUGAAGAGCUUAAUAUUGAGCAUUUUACGAGAUAUUCAUCAAAUUACAAAUUAGGAGAAUGGAUCAUUCAACUUAGUUGUUUAACUCCUAUACAAUUGCGAUAG